CACAUCCAGAUCAAAAUAGAUGAAUGAAUGUACACACAACACACCACCUCCAUGUGAGCCACUUUCUAUCACAGCCAACAUUUAUAACAUGUUUGUUAGGCUUCUCCUCCUCAUCUGCGUGCGUGUCAAUACAUUUUCAAAACCAAACAAAAACCGUUAAUUAAAAAGAUCUGAGUUGUGGCGUCAACCGCGACCCUCUCUCCCUCCCUCCCUCCCGCCCUAAUCUCAAUUUUUUUACUAUUCAUUCAUUCUGGUACAAAAACCACCUUCAACUCCCUCCUCAAAUUCUGAAUCUCUCCGAUCGAUUUCUCGACUCAAUUGCCUGAUGAUUUCCGCCGGAAAUCGUCCCUUGGUGUGUUGUUCUUCGCCGGAGUGUGGCUUUUCUGAGGCUUCGUCUCCGAACUUAGGGUUCGUGCAGUUGUCGCUGCCUAAUUUUGAUUGUAAGAGUUUGGGGCUCCAAAGCACCAAUGCGAGAUCGAGCUUUUUCGCGCCAGUGAAAGCAAUGGAGGGUUCUAAAACUUCGUACGUCAAUGGCAAAGCUGAUCGCGUUCGAGAACUGAACCAGUUGGGCUCCAAUUCAAUCGAUAACGCGAUGAGUGAUUCUAGUGGGAAAAGCACCAUCCAGGUGUCUACGAUUGGGAAUUCGACGAACAUUGCUUGGCAUAAGUGUUCAGUUGAGAAAAUUGACAGGCAGGAGUUGCUUCAGCAAAAAGGUUGUGUAAUAUGGAUCACGGGUCUCAGUGGUUCAGGAAAGAGCACUUUGGCGUGUGCUUUGAGUCGAGGCUUGCACUCCAUGGGAAAGCUGACCUACAUCCUUGAUGGUGACAACGUUCGUCAUGGUCUAAAUCGUGAUCUUGGUUUCAAACCAGAGGAUCGGGCAGAAAACAUACGAAGAAUGGGGGAGGUAGCGAGGCUCUUUGCAGAUGCUGGAGUUAUUUGCAUUGCCAGUUUAAUAUCGCCCUACAAAAAGGACCGAGAUGCAUGCCGUGCAUUACUGCCAGAAGGAGAAUUCAUUGAGGUGUUUAUGGAUGUGCCUCUCCAUGUAUGUGAAGCAAGGGACCCUAAAGGCCUGUAUAAGCUUGCACGAGCUGGAAAAAUUAAAGGUUUUACAGGGAUUGAUGAUCCAUAUGAGGCACCAUUAAAUUCUGAGAUAGUAUUACAACAGAAAGGAGAGGUCUGUGCUUCCCCAAGUGAAAUGGCUGAAACAGUGUUAGCUUACUUGAAGGAGAAAGGGUAUCUGAAUGCCUAAUUUGUGAACAGUGGCCCGAGUUGACUAUCUGUCUGUCUACCAGUAACCAAAACAUGAUAUGCAAAAUUCCAAAUGUCUGCAGGAUGGGAAACUUGUUUCCUGUUUCUGUGCUUCGAUAGUAUGUUGGAUGAUAUCAGAUUAAUUGAUGUCAUAUUUGUUGUAAUGCCGUUCAAAAGGCAUUUUGUGUUUGCUUCAAUUGAUAGCAAUAAAUAAGGAAAAGGGUUAGUCAAGUGUGAUUCUGUUGAUAAAAAAGCUUGUUUGAUGGUUGGUAAAACCCGACAUGUACUUAUGAAUAAUUCUGAUUCGAUGAAUUUUAAAAUCACAUAGCAAUUUGUUUUCCUAUUAA